AUGUGGAAGAAAUUAAAUGGUGAAGGAGGAUCUAAAACCAUUAGUGAAGAACAUUCUCAUUUAACAGUCAGACACAAGUACAAGAUGAUUGUUAAUUAUCCAAUUCAAGUGUUUUAUGAUGUUUUGAGAGCGUAUGAUUUUCGUUAUUUGUGGGACAACAGAGAAGCUGGAAGAGAAAUUGUACAAAUUUUUAACAUUCCUGGAAAGCCACAAAAUCAAGUUUUGGAAUAUUUAGUCAAGAAGGGGAAUUUAAUUGUGAGCUCACGUGAUUUAAUGACAGUCAAUGCAGAGAAAUACGAUGAAAAAACUAAUACCUACUUGAUGAUUGGUAAGAGUGCAGAUUCAUUCCCAAAGGAAACUAAAUCAGAAUAUGUUAGAACCACUGUUUUAUUUUUGGGUAUGAAAGUUAGCCCAAUAGAUGAAAAUACCUAUCUUCCUGAAGUUUCCAAGGAGCAAGAAUGGAAUCAAGAAGAGACUAUUCACUCACUCAUCAGAAAAACUGGCUAUAGAGGUAAAAUAACUGAUUCAUUACUUGAGAUAAUCGAUUCUGAAAGAUAUCAAUCAUCCAAAGCCUCACUCACCUACGAUGAAUAUCUACAAGAAAAACUCAAUUCUUCAAAUAGUACUAAAGUGGAUAAUGCAAUCAAUACUAGUAGAAGCUUGAGUAGUGUAAAUAAUGAUUUUGAUGAUUAA